GGUGCGGGCGAGGCCGGGCCGCAUCCGGACUGGGGAGCGGGUCGCUGGGCCGGGCCGGUCGGGGCCGCUGCUGCGAUGCCGGCCGUGUCCAAGGGCGAUGGGAUGCGCGGCCUGGCCGUCUUCAUCUCCGACAUCCGCAACUGUAAAAGCAAAGAGGCUGAGAUCAAGAGGAUCAACAAGGAACUGGCCAACAUCCGCUCCAAGUUCAAGGGGGACAAGGCCCUGGAUGGCUACAGCAAAAAGAAAUAUGUCUGCAAGCUGCUUUUCAUCUUUCUGCUUGGCCAUGACAUUGACUUUGGGCACAUGGAGGCUGUCAACCUGCUCAGCUCAAACAAGUACACCGAGAAGCAGAUUGGAUACCUGUUCAUCUCCGUGCUGGUGAACUCCAACAGUGAGCUGAUCCGGCUCAUUAACAACGCCAUCAAGAAUGACCUGGCAAGCCGCAACCCCACCUUCAUGUGCCUGGCACUGCACUGCAUCGCCAACGUGGGCAGCCGCGAGAUGGCAGAGGCCUUCGCCUCCGAGAUCCCCCGCAUCUUGGUGGCUGGCGACACUAUGGACAGUGUGAAGCAGAGUGCGGCCCUCUGCCUCCUGCGCCUCUACAAGACCUCGCCUGACCUUGUGCCCAUGGGCGAGUGGACCUCCCGCGUGGUACACCUGCUGAAUGACCAACACAUGGGGGUGGUCACGGCUGCUGUCAGCCUCAUUACCUGCCUUUGCAAGAAGAACCCCGAUGAUUUCAAGACCUGCGUCUCUCUGGCUGUGUCCAGGCUGAGCCGGAUUGUCUCCUCGGCCUCCACGGACCUACAAGAUUACACGUACUAUUUUGUGCCGGCCCCGUGGCUCUCAGUAAAGCUCUUGCGCCUCCUUCAGUGCUACCCACCACCAGAGGACGCGGCGGUGAAGGGGCGCUUGGUUGAGUGCCUGGAGACAGUCCUCAACAAGGCCCAGGAGCCACCAAAGUCCAAGAAGGUUCAGCAUUCCAAUGCCAAGAACGCCAUCCUCUUUGAGGCCAUCAGCCUCAUCAUCCACUACGACAGUGAACCCAACCUGCUGGUACGGGCCUGUAACCAGCUGGGCCAGUUCCUCCAGCACCGAGAGACCAACCUACGGUACCUGGCUCUGGAGAGUAUGUGCACCCUCGCCAGCUCUGAAUUCUCCCAUGAGGCUGUCAAGACCCACAUUGAGACAGUUAUCAAUGCCCUCAAGACGGAGCGGGAUGUGAGUGUGCGGCAGCGUGCAGCUGACCUGCUGUACGCCAUGUGUGACCGCACCAAUGCCAAGCAGAUUGUAUCAGAGAUGCUGAGCUACCUGGAGACAGCCGACUACUCUAUCCGUGAAGAGAUCGUGCUGAAGGUGGCGAUCCUGGCAGAGAAGUAUGCAGUGGACUACAGCUGGUAUGUGGACACGAUCCUCAACCUGAUCCGCAUCGCAGGCGACUACGUGAGUGAGGAGGUCUGGUACCGCGUCAUCCAGAUUGUCAUCAACCGGGAUGAUGUCCAGGGCUACGCCGCCAAGACUGUCUUUGAGGCCCUGCAGGCCCCUGCCUGCCAUGAGAACAUGGUGAAAGUUGGUGGCUACAUCCUCGGGGAGUUCGGGAAUCUCAUUGCAGGGGACCCCCGCUCCAGCCCCCUGGUGCAGUUCAACCUGCUGCACUCCAAGUUCCACCUGUGCUCGGUGGCCACCCGUGCCCUCCUGCUCUCCACCUACAUCAAGUUCAUCAACCUUUUUCCUGAGACCAAGGCCACUAUCCAAGAGGUGCUGCGCUCCGACAGCCAGAUCCGCAAUGCAGAUGUGGAGCUGCAGCAGCGUGCCGUCGAGUACCUCAAGCUCAGCUCCAUUGCCAGCACUGAUGUCCUGGCAACAGUGCUGGAGGAGAUGCCCCCCAUUCCUGAGCGGGAGUCAUCCAUCCUGGCCAAGCUGAAGAAGAAGGGCCCUGGGGCAGGCAGUGAGUUGGAUGAUGGCAAGAAAGAGCCUGGGGCAGAGAUCAAUGGGGGCAUGGAUCCCAGUGCCAGUACCGCUUCCACUCCGUCGCCGUCCGCUGACUUGUUGGGACUCCGGGCAGCCCCUGCUGGCUCGGCAGCCCCCACCAGUGCUGGAAACCUCCUGGUGGACGUGUUCUCUGACAGCCCGGCAGGCCCCUGCUUGGCCCCUGGCACCGAAGAGAACUUCCUCAGUGACUUGGAGCCGCCCAUUGAGAGUUCUGCGUCCCUAUUGGUGGACGCAGCUGUGCCUGCCGACACGGGGGCCGCUGCUUCUGUCUGCGAGGACCCUGCUUUGCCUCUCUCUGAAGCUGAUGAGCUGCUUAACAAGUUCGUGUGCAAGAACAAUGGGGUGCUGUUUGAGAACCAGCUGCUGCAGAUCGGAGUGAAGUCUGAGUUCCGGCAGAACCUAGGCCGGAUGUACCUGUUCUACGGGAACAAGACGUCGGUCCAGUUCCAGAGCUUCACACCCACUGUCACCUACCCCGGGGAGCUGCAGAGUCAGCUCAACAUCCAGACCAAGGCCGUGGACCCGCUGGUGGAGGGUGGUGCCCAGGUCCAGCAGGUGCUCAACAUCGAGUGCCUCAGUGACUUCACCCUGGCGCCCCUCAUCAACAUCAAGUUCAGGUAUGGGGGGACCCUGCAGAACAUCACCCUGAAGCUGCCCAUCACCCUGAACAAGUUCUUCCAGGCCACGGAGAUGCAGUCCCAGGACUUCUUCCAGCGCUGGAAGCAGCUCAGCCUACCCCAGCAGGAAGCCCAGAAGAUCUUCAAGGCAAAUCACCCCAUGGACCCAGAGGUCACCAAAGCCAAGCUGCUGGGCUUUGGCAGUGCUCUGCUGGACAAGGUAGACCCCAACCCUGACAACUUCGUAGGCGCUGGCAUCAUCCAGACCAAGUCCCUCCAGGUUGGCUGUCUCCUGCGGCUGGAACCAAAUGCCCAGGCCCAGAUGUACCGCCUGACUCUGCGCACCAGCAAGGAGGCUGUGUCGAGGCACUUGUGUGAGCUGCUGUCAGAACAAUUCUGAGGAGUAGCACCAGCUUGUUGUGGGGAGAGGCAGGGGCAGGGGAGAGCCCCUCUGGGCACAGAGGCACCCCCCCACCCCCCAGAGCCUGUUCUGCACCCCCACCCCGUCCUGUCGUCAUGGUAACCUUUGUGUUCUCAUCAGCUAGCCCAGGCCAGCACUGCUGGGGGGGGGCGGUGACAGUGGGACCAAGGAGUGGGGCUGGGAGGGGAUCAGACCAUAUAGAUUGGAUCUUGGCAACCCCUCUUCCUCAACCAGGGACCCUCUGGGCAGUAGCCCUGGCUCCCCAUAAGCAGGCUUUUGGGCGCUUGACCCCUGAAAUCUGGAUUGUGUCCCCCAUCCCCCCAGGGGGAGCUUUGCUCCUAGUCCCCCUUCUCUGGAGGGGGGGCCUGGCCCUCCCACCCCCAAAAUGUUUACAGUCCCCCCCCCACCAUGGCCACAGGACCCCAACACUACCCCAACAGGGAUGGCGAGUCCUGGCCCAGUCCCAGGCCUUGGGCUGGGGGACUGUGGGGUCUCUGGGUGGGUCAUAGCCCCCACCCCAAAUUAAAGGGAAUGUGUUGCAAUGGAAGUGGGGGGUGCAUGAAUUUGCCCUGAUCUGCUCACCCCCCCCCCCACCUCCCUGGGGACCCCAGGCCUGUGGGAUGACGCUAAUAGCCCCCCCACCCCCCUCCUAGCAGCUGGGAGAGCUGCUGCUGCCCCAGGGAGGGGGAGGAAGCGGGGGUCCCCACAGGUGCUGGCCAGGCUCCAUGGUAUUUGCCGUUCUAGGUGUUUUAGCGUCACGUAGUUCCUGCGGAUCAGAGCGUGUGUAUCUAUCUCCAUGUGACUAAUAAAUGGGGCACCUGCCAGGGCCCCUAAUACCA